UUUGAUUUGUGACUUAAUUGAGAUAUUAUUUUCUUGGUUUUGAAUUUGAUUGAGUAAAGAAAAAUAUGACGGAUAAAGGGAAGGAAAAUGACUAUUAUUUGAUGGAAGACAGCGAUGACGACGAUGAGAAGAAUGAUAUCGAAGCGAAUAAUAGUGAUGAUGAUGAUAACGAUAACGACGAUGAUAAUGAGAAUGAUAAUGAUGAUAUUUCGAGUAGGAGAUCUUCGUCUUCUCAAGUUUCAUCGGGUCAACAAUGGCCCCGGAGUUACAAGCAGACUCUUGAUUCAUACUCUAUUUCAGCAACGCCAAGUUUGGGAUUCCUUAGACGCCCAUCUGGUUCUAUAUAUUCUUUAUAUGAACCUGGGAUUGAUAGUAACUUUGAUGAUAAUAUAAAGUCUAAGUUGUUGAUCGAAUGUUCAAAGAUUUAUAGCAAACAAGAUUUAGAUAGAAUCUCUAGAAAGAUUUCAACGUGGUCAGGGAGAGGCUCUUUGCCCAAUCAACUCAUUGAUGAACUCCCCAUUACCUUCGGAUGCAGUGUCACUCAGACUGUUUUCAAUUCGGUGAAUGUGAUGGUUGGAGUUGGUGUUCUUUCAAUGCCAAACACAAUUGCAGAAGCUGGGUGGGUAGGCAUGGGUGUGCUAUUCCUUUUUGCAGUGAUGUGUUGCUACACAGCUUAUCUCAUGAAGUUUUGCUUCGAGAACAAUGAAAACAUUCAAUCAUAUCCUGAUAUUGGAGAAGCUGCAUUUGGGAAAUAUGGCCGUCUUAUCAUCUCAAUCAUUUUGUAUACAUCACUCUACGCAUAUUGUGUGGAGUUCAUUAUUCUGGAAGGAGAUAAUCUCACUAGUUUAUUUCCUGGUGCAUCCUUGCAUUUGGGUGGUCUCCAACUGGACUCAGUGCACUUGUUCACAAUUCUUUCUGCAAUUGUAAUGGUACUCACCCUUUUGGUGAAAAACGUCCGAGUGAUCUCAUACCUUUCAGCUACUGGUGUUGUGGCUACUGUUAUGGUGAUCCUCUGUGUGUUUUGGCUUGGGACAGUGGACGUUGGCUUUCAUGAAAGUGGUCCACCGAUUAAGUUGGGUGGCAUUGCUUUCGCACUUGGUAUAUAUGGAUUUUGCUUUUCGGGGCAUGUUGUGUUCCCAAAUAUAUACCAGUCAAUGGCUGACAAAACAAAGUUUACAAAGGCAAUGAUCAUAACUUUUUUGUUGUGUGUUUUGAUGUAUGGGAUUGUUGCGGUUUUGGGUUUUCUCAUGUUUGGAGAAAAUUCGUUAUCCCAGAUAACACUAAACAUGCCUGACGAUGCGCUUGCUUCAAAAGUUGCUUUGAUAACUGUUAUUAUCAAUCCGUUUACCAAGUAUGCCUUGCUAAUGAACCCAUUGGCUAGUGCCAUUGAAGAGCUUUUACCUGUUAAAGUUGCAAACAGUUAUUGGUGUUUUAUAAUUCUACGAAUAGCACUUGUUGCAUCCUCCAUUGGCGUUGCGUUUUCCCUUCCAUUUUUCGGUCUUGUGAUGGCGUUGACGGGUUCAGUCCUAUGUAUCUUAGUGUCUCUCAUAUUGCCAGCCCUGUGUUUUUUGAGAAUUAACGGAAGUAAGGCCACAACAACACAAAUUGGUUUGAGCGUUGGUAUCACGGUGUUGGCCGUCAUCUGCAUGAUUUUGGGGACGUACUCAUCUUUAGCAGAUAUCGCGAAUGAACUUUGAAAUCAAACAAUGUCUCUUUUUCUGCAGUUUUUUUGUUGUAAAACUUGCAUACUUUUUAUUAAUAAACAUGACGACUUGAAUCUA